CUUGUUACACAUACCGGCGUUCCGGCCACAACCCUCGCGAAUAAUAACAAAUACUUACAAUAUUUACCUAUGUUUACAAAUUUAUAUAUUAUACAUAUAUAAUAUAAAGAAAACGUGUAGUACAUAACGAGUAAUCUCGUAAACGGUGAUAUUGUCGUAAUCGAAAUCCUUCGGCCAUCGCAUUUGCCGUGGUAUUUUUUAGUGCUUUCAACAGGAUAAUACAAUUUACGACGUGACGUUACCAUGCAAUAACUGUAGCUACUAUAACCAGUAGCUGUAAAUUGUGUCAGAGGAACAUAUCGUAAUGUCACGUUGGCGGAAGUGUUCGCGAAAAAUGAGUUAACGAACAAGCACUCGGAUGAAUAACUCGACGGACUGUCGGGCUAACGGCACUGAGUGCGAUGGUGACCCGUCGGCCGACUGGCAGUCCAUGUUCGGCGAUCGGUUUCCACUCACCGUGCUGUUGCUGUUCUUUUGCAUGGUCACCGUGUUCGGGAAUUGUCUGGUCAUCAUAGCGGUGGUCCGCGAACGGUACCUGCACACCGCCACCAACUACUUCAUAACGUCGUUGGCGUUCGCCGACUUCUUGGUCGGGCUGGUCGUGAUGCCGGUGAGCGCCAUGCACGAGAUCCUGGACCAUUACUGGACGUUCGGCAUAAACGCGUGCGACGUGUGGCGGUCGUUGGACGUGCUGUUCAGCACGGCGUCCAUACUGAACCUGUGCGUGAUAUCGUUGGACAGAUACUGGGCCAUCACCGACCCGUUUACGUACCCGAUGAAAAUGAGCAGGAAACGUGCGUACUACUUGAUAGCGGCGGUGUGGGUGUGCAGUAGCGUCAUCAGCUUCCCGGCGAUCAUUUGGUGGCGGCUGGUGCGCACCGAGCCUGUGCCGAGUUACACGUGUCCGUUCACCAACAGCACCGGCUAUCUGAUUUUCUCGUCGACCAUAUCGUUUUACGUGCCGUUGUUGGUCAUGGUGUUCACGUACUAUAAGAUCUACACGGCGGCGGUGACGCAGACCCGCUGCCAGCGGCUGGGCACCAAAGUGCUGUCGUCCAGCGCGACGGGCGGUAACAGCACAGGCCGCAUGGAACUGACGUUGCGUAUCCACCGGGGCGGCGGCGGCGGUGCGGCCACGUCCCAGAGCUAUAGCAGGGCGCACCAGCUGCAGAAAAACUUCUCUCUCAGCAGGAAGCUCAGCAAACUAUCCAGGGAGAAGAAGGCGGCAAAGACGCUGGGGAUAGUGAUGGGAGUGUUCAUCGUGUGUUGGCUUCCUUUUUUCGUUGUCAACCUGCUGUCAGGGUUUUGCGACGAAAACUGUAUGUUUAAGGACCAACUAUUGUCUUCCGUCGUCACUUGGCUGGGUUGGAUUAACAGUGGCAUGAAUCCUGUCAUCUACGCGUGUUGGAGCAGGGACUUUAGGAGAGCUUAUGGUCGAAUACUGUGCGUAUGCUGCCCACGAAAAGUCCGAAGAAAAUAUCGGACACCGCACCGGUACAGGUCCAGUCAAUACAUGGGAGCAUCGAUGGUGUUGGCUCCAGCCACAGUCACGUACGCCACUGUCAAUCAACAUGACAUGUUUAACAUUUAAAUCUCCGUCAGAAGGUUAUACGGUAUAAUGAAGAAACGACGGAGGAAAAUUCACUUGUGAUACAAAUCCGUGCCGAAAUAUCAAUCAUUCAAAGUAUUCAUUUUACAUUUUGUCCAAAAAAAAUUAGCACAAUAAUAAUUAUUAUAAUUUAUAAGCGAUAUU